CCCGCGUGGCCUGACGGAGGCGCAGGCCGCCCGCCGCCGCCGAGUGAGGGAAUGCGGAGCGGGCCCGGCGCGCGCGGACAGCAGCGGCCCCUGGGGCGCGCGGGGCACGGCGGCGCCGCGGCGUAGAGCUGUCCAGCCGGCCCGCCGCCCCGCGCUCUCGGCGCCAGCGCCGGCCAGCACGUGCGCCCGCCGACGCCGCGGAGCAUGCCCGCCGGGGCCCGGCCGCUCGCCCGAGGCCAGCAGGCGCGCGGGGCCGCGGGGCGGGCGACUCCCGGGCGGCGCGAAGGGGACGGAGCCGCAGCGGCAGCCGCAGCCGCGCCGAGGGGCUCCUUGGUGAAUUCUGUCAUGGUUAUUUAAGGACCCUCACCUAGAAGUCCCAACGUGCAGUUCCCCAUUGCCGGGAAGGCUUGGACUCCAAGAUGAUUAUAAAAGAAUAUCGGAUUCCUCUGCCGAUGACCGUGGAGGAGUACCGCAUUGCCCAGCUCUACAUGAUACAGAAGAAGAGCCGCAAUGAGACGUAUGGUGAAGGCAGCGGCGUGGAGAUCCUGGAGAACCGGCCGUACACCGAUGGCCCUGGCGGCUCUGGACAGUACACGCACAAGGUGUACCACGUGGGCAUGCACAUCCCCAGCUGGUUCCGCUCCAUCCUGCCCAAGGCGGCCCUGCGGGUGGUGGAGGAGUCCUGGAAUGCCUACCCCUACACCCGGACCCGGUUCACCUGCCCUUUUGUGGAGAAAUUCUCCAUCGACAUCGAGACCUUCUAUAAAACUGAUGCCGGAGAAAACUCUGAUGUGUUCAGUCUCUCGCCUGUAGAGAAGAACCAGCUGACAAUCGACUUCAUUGACAUUGUCAAGGACCCCGUGCCCCCCAACGAGUACAGGACGGAAGAGGACCCCAAGCUGUUCCACUCAGUCAAGACGCAGCGGGGGCCUCUCUCUGACAACUGGAUUGAGGAGUACAAGCAGCAAGUGUUUCCCAUCAUGUGUGCCUACAAGCUGUGCAAGGUGGAGUUCCGCUACUGGGGCAUGCAGUCCAAGAUCGAGCGGUUCAUCCACGACACGGGUCUUCGGAAGGUGAUGGUGCGGGCCCAUCGGCAGGCCUGGUGCUGGCAGGAUGAGUGGCACGGGCUGAACAUGGAAAACAUCCGGGAGUUGGAGAAGGAGGCGCAGCUCAUGCUGUCCCGCAAGAUGGCCCAGUUCAUCCAGGAUGAGGAGAGUGAGACGUCGAUGCUCAGCAAGGAUGAGGUGGUCCCGGAACAGGCCUGCAUGGAGUCCCAGCCCAGCAGUGGUACUGUGGAGCCCCUGGCAGGCCGAGGCCUGAAGAAGCAAUGGUCCACGUCCUCCAAGUCCUCGAGGUCAUCCAAGAGAGGAGCCAGUCCUUCCCGCCACAGCAUCUCAGAAUGGAGGAUGCAGAGUAUCGCCCGGGACUCUGAUGAAAGCUCAGACGAUGAGUUCUUUGAUGCUCAUGAGGACCUGUCUGAUUCAGAAGAAAUCUUCCCCAAGGACAUCAGCAAGUGGAACUCCGACGACCUCAUGGACAAAAUUGAAAGCCCUGAGCCCGAAGAAACACAGGAUGGCCUGUACCGCCAGAGAACCCCCGAGUUCAGUGUGGCCUCCAGUGUGGAGCAACUGAAUAUCAUGGAGGAAGAGGUCAGCCCCCCACUGGCCAUGCCGGCCUCCAAGAUCCAUGUGCUGCUGCUGGUGCUUCACGGGGGCACCAUCCUGGACACGGGCGCCGGAGACCCCAGCUCCAAGCAGGGUGACACCAACACCAUGGCCACCGUGUUUGACACCGUCAUGCGCGUGCACUACCCCGGUGCCCUGGGCCGCCUGGCCAUCCGUCUGGUGCCCUGCCCACCCGUCUGUGCCGACGCCUUUGCCCUCGUGUCCAACCUCAGCCCCUAUAGUCACGACGAGGGCUGUCUGUCCAGCAGUCAGGACCACAUCCCACUGGCUGCCCUGCCACUGCUGGCCACCUCCUCACCGCAGUACCAGGAGGUGGUGGCCACGGUGAUCCAGCGGGCCAACCUGGCCUACGGGGACUUCCUCAAGUCUCAGGAGGGCACGACCUUUAGCGGGCAGGUCUGCCUGAUCGGGGACUGUGUCGGGGGCAUCCUGGCAUUUGAUGCCUUGUGCUACAGCCACCAGCCAGUGUCCGAGAGUCAGAGCAGCAGCCGGCGGGGCAGUGUUGCCAGUGUGCAGGACGCCGACCUGCUGUGCCCGGGCAUGCUGGCAAACACAGCGCACGGCUCCGGCGGUGGCGGGGGCGGCCUGGAGAGCAGCCGGCACCUGAGCCGAAGCAACAUCGACAUCCCCCGCAGCAAUGGCACCGAGGACCCCAAAAAGCAGCUGCCCCGAAAGAGGAGUGACUCGUCCACCUAUGAGCUGGACACCAUCCAGCAGCACCAGGCCUUCCUGACCAGCCUGCACACCAGAGUGCUGAGGAACAUGCCGGGGUCCCGCCGUUCCAGCAGCUCCACCAUGCUGGACAGUGUGGGGACGCUGGGCAAAUUCGACUUCGAGAUUGCAGACCUCUUCCUCUUUGGGUGUCCGCUGGGGCUGGUCCUGGCCUUGAGGAAGACCGUCAUCCCAGCCCUGGACGUUUUCCAGCUCCGGCCAGCCUGCCAGCAAGUCUACAACCUCUUCCACCCCGCUGACCCAUCAGCCUCGCGCCUGGAGCCGCUGCUGGAGCGGCGAUUCCACGAGCUGCCGCCCUUCAGCAUCCCCCGCUACCAGCGCUACCCACUGGGGGACGGCUGCUCCACACUGCUGGUCGAGACCGUGCAGAGAUAUCCCCAGCUGGUCCUGGAGGGCGCCCCUCCGGCCUCUCUCCCACCCGGGGACUUCCUGGAAACCAGUAUCCCCGUUCCCGCGCUCACCUGGCAAGACGGGCCCCGCCCGAGCCCGGGCUGCGUGGAGUCCGACGUGCUCCAGACCCAGAACACCAUCUUCCAGGAGCACACCACACCCUCCUCACCCGGCACAGCCCCGGCCUCCCGAGGUUUCCGCCGAGCCAGUGAGAUCAGCAUCGCAAGCCAAGUGUCAGGCAUGGUGGAGAGCUACACGGCAUCUGGCAUUGCCCAGAAGGCCCCGGUGCCACUCAGCCACACCCCCAGUGUCAGGCGCCUGUCCCAGCUCGCCCUGCCCCCCCAGGCCCCCACUUCCCUGAACCCCCACCCUUGGGCCAGGCUGGUGAGCUCCUGCCCAGGGAGGGUUCCCCACCUCCCCGACUUGGACAUCAGAGAAGUUGCCACAAGAUGGUGGGGCCAGAAGCGCAUCGACUACGCCCUGUACUGCCCUGAUGCCCUGACGGCCUUCCCCACCGUGGCCCUGCCCCACCUCUUCCACGCCAGCUACUGGGAGUCAACAGAUGUGGUCUCCUUUCUGCUCAGACAGGUCAUGCGGCAUGACAACUCCAGCAUCUUGGAGCUGGAUGGCAAGGAGGUCUCUGUGUUCACACCCUCAAAGCCCAGAGAGAAGUGGCAGCGAAAGAGGACCCACGUGAAGCUGCGGAAUGUGGCAGCCAACCACCGGAUCAGCGAUGCAGUCGCCAACGAGGAUGGCCCACAGGUCCUGACAGGCCGCUUCAUGUACGGCCCCCUGGACAUGGUCACCCUGACUGGCGAGAAGGUGGAUGUGCACAUCAUGACACAGCCACCGUCUGGCGCCUGGCUUUACCUGGACACCCUGGUGACCAACAGCAGUGGGCGUGUCUCCUACACCAUCCCAGAGGCGCAUCGCCUGGGCGUAGGCGUCUACCCCAUCAAGAUGGUGGUCAGGGGAGACCACACCUUUGCCGACAGCUACAUCACAGUGCUGCCUAAGGGCACAGAAUUUGUGGUCUUCAGCAUCGAUGGCUCCUUUGCUGCCAGUGUGUCCAUCAUGGGCAGUGAUCCCAAAGUGCGGGCAGGGGCCGUGGACGUGGUGCGGCACUGGCAGGACCUGGGCUACCUCAUCAUCUAUGUGACGGGCCGGCCUGACAUGCAAAAGCAGCGGGUGGUGGCGUGGCUGGCCCAGCACAACUUCCCCCAUGGCGUGGUGUCCUUCUGCGACGGGCUGGUGCACGACCCAUUGCGGCACAAGGCCAACUUCCUAAAGCUGCUCAUCUCUGAGCUGCACCUGCGUGUGCACGCAGCCUACGGUUCCACCAAGGACGUGGCGGUCUACAGCGCCAUUAGCCUGUCCCCCACGCAGAUCUACAUCGUGGGCCGUCCCACCAAGAAGCUGCAGCAACAAUGCCAGUUCAUCACAGAUGGCUAUGCGGCCCACCUGGCCCAACUCAAGUAUAAUCACCGGGCAAGGCCAGCACGCAACACGGCCACUCGCAUGGCGCUGCGCAAGGGCAGCUUCGGGCUGCCUGGCCAGGGAGACUUUCUACGCUCUCGCAACCACCUGCUCCGCACCAUCUCAGCCCAGCCCAGCGGGCCAAGCCAGCGACAUGAGCGGACGCAGAGCCAGGUAGACGGUGGGGAGCAGCGGGGCCAGCGCAGCAUGAGCAUGGCUGCUAGCUGCUGGGGCCGCACCAUGGCUGGCCGGCUGGAGCCGGGGGCAGCCUCAGGCCCCAAGUAGGGCAGCAGUCACGAGGCACUGAGGUCUCCAUGGUGCUAGGCCAAGGCGGCCGGCCCCAGGAGGAGGCCUGGCCUGGGCAUACAGUUGGCUGGGAUGGGCUUAUCCUAGGGCUCCUUGGAGGACACAGGCCUCACUGCACACCACCUCCCAGCCUGGCCUCGACCCCCAGAGCCAGGGCAGCUCCGGUUGUGGUGGACACACAAGACACGCAGCCUCAGGCUGGCAGAAGGAACCAGCCCCCCCACCCCCAAGUGGCAGGGAAGGCCUCUGGACAUUGCCCUGCAUUGAUCUCCUUAACACCAGGCCUGAGCCCAGCCUGCCAACUCGGUCCAUAAGCUCACUCACCCUGCCCCCUGGGUCACCUCCCACUUGGUAGCGCCUCCAAUGGGGGUCCAGCCUGCUUCUUAUUAACUCGAGUUACUCAACUGUUUGACCUCACUGGUUUUGCACUGAUUCUGGAGAGACCCAUCUCUGGCGCGUUGACCUGCAUGAAAAUUCAACGUUUGCUAAUCCAGGACCUAGUGCCACACAGAAGUCUUUGAGUGGAAGAUCCUCACUUGUAAAGGCAGAAGAGAAAGGCCCUAUCUUCAUUUCUGCAGCUCCGCCCGGCCCACCAGCACCACGGCAAUGCGGAGCACCUACCUGUCCACCUGUGGGCUCAGCAUCCUCUCGGGGCCUGGGAACAAGCCAGGCAGUGAGGCUAGUGAGGCUCCAAGCUGACUCCUGAGAAGCCUGCCUUGGCUGGGGCCUGGCUGCCUCUUCUGCUCCUUGCCUGCCAUCAGCUGGGGCCCGGCCUCAGCCCUCCCGCAUUUCUACACCUUUCUAUUUCUCCGAUCUGAUUUCUAUGAGGUUUUUUUAAAUAAGCAAUCCUUGGCUGCUUCCUUUUCUUAACUCUUUCAGUACCAAGCGCAGCCCCUCCCAUGAAAACACCCAGCACUGUGAUGGAGUCCAGCCUGGCUCUGGGUCCUAGGUCCAGUCCUCUGGCCAUGCAGGGGGGGCGUGGGCUCCCUGCCUCACCCGACCCGUUAAUUCCACUGAAUUUCUACUCUGGGGUGGGUGGGGCACACACUUAGGUUUUUUUAAUGCCAAUUCCGUUUUGAUGCCGAGUCUAAGAAGCCACAAUUUGCUUUGUUAGCUUAAGGGCAGGCAGCCAUGACUUCACUUCCCACCUGGCGGGGCCUGUGGUGUCCUCGGCACUGGGUCUGAGCCAUCGGCUCUCCCUUCCCAGGACCCACCCAGAGUUCAGCUCUGGCGCUUGGCUCCAAGCGGCCUCUCUGCUGCACCUCCACCUUCCUUCUCCAAGGCAGGGGAGCCGUCUGUUCUUGCCUGGUGCCCAGGCUCCAUCUGAGAAGCUGCUGCUCACCUGGUUGAGCCUCAGGGCCUCCUGGGCUGGGGCAGGGAGGCUCACAGAUCAAUGUUGACACUUUCCCAUGUGUAGAUAUGUACAGCCACAGGGAUGUGUAAAUGUUUUGCAAAAGUGGGUCUAUACAGAGUGAAAGCUAUUUAUUUUGUGCAGAGAAAAACAAAACGUCUGGAGGGACGGGACCUUCAGAGUUUAUUCAUAUUUAAGAUGUAGCUUUAUGUCGUUGUUUCAGGCGUUAUGUAUAAAGCGACGAUUAUUUUAUGGACCAAGUUUUAAUGUAACUGUUGCAGUGGAAGUGCAAUAUCUGAAACCCCCCUCUGCUCCCCAGCGGGAAAUCGCUCGGCCCGACAAUCAGAGUCCCAGCGAGGGGCCCCUGUGGCCAGUACCUCCUUCUUCUGGCCCCACCUCACCCCAUCUUGCCUAUGCCUCAGUGACAGCCAUCAGAAGUACCUGGAAGUCUCGGGCCUGCCUGCAAUAAAGGCCGUGAGGCCUUCUGGCCCAGGGAGGCUGUGUGGGCAGGGCGCUCGGCCUUUUCCAGUGGGCGGCUCCCCCAGGCUCUUGCUCCCCACCUGCCUGCCCAACCGCCAGCCAUGCCAAGGACAACAGCAAUAGUCUCAGGGCCUCUCCAGUGGCCCUUAGCCAUAGAUGGUGUGAUGGGCAGCCCACCCCCUAUCCCAGUAAUGUCUCUUCUGUAUCCAGGUCUGCUUUUGCCUCCCUUAAGACUCCUUUUUGGCACAGUCUCCUCUUGAGGAAGCACCAAUUUUUCAGAAACUGAGAGGGAGGGCAGAGUCCUUUAAAAAAAUACCAAAAAUGUUUACAGUGUUGGGUGCUGAGCUGCAGGGCUCAGGCCUGACCAGUCAUAACCAAAGGGUGAGGCAGGCCUUGCUGACUGCCACCCCCAUCCCAGGCCUGUUAGAGUAGAAGCCUUAGUCCCACUCCCACCCAAGACCCCAGGGCUGAGUCUCAGCCCAUAACCCUCACACUCAAACACCUGCCCUCUCUGAUUUCUAAAGAGGGAUUCAGCAGAAUUACUCCCCCCCCCACCACCAGCUCAGUCUGAGCUGCCUGCCUACCUGCCUGCCUGCUCUCCACAUUGUUGCAGUCUUCAUGUCUCUAGCCCCUCCGUCCGUUUGUCUGGGCCACGUGUAGCACUGUCUUGAUUUAUCCCACCCACCCUUGCUGUCCCUGUGCCAUCGGGCCUGAGUGUGCUCUGUGUACAGUGUCACUGUCCGUUACACCAAUUAAAGAAGCAGGAAGGCUUC